UUGGAAACUUUUCAGGUCUUAGGCAACAAGAAAUCCUCGUAUCUCGGGGUACACGCCUUCAGCUUCUGCGCCCAGAUCCAACGGUUGGCAAGUUAACUAAUGUACUUGUUCAUGAUGUUUUUGGAUCCGUCCGUUCCUUGGCAGCCUUUCGUUUAACAGGGGGAACAAAAGUUGGAUCUGACUCUGGUAGAAUAGUCAUUAUGGAAUACGACACCAAACAGAACACCUUCGUCAAGCUCUACCAGGAAACGUAUGGAAAAUCUGGAGCUCGCCGCAUCGUGCCAGGUCAAAUGCUAGCUACGGAUCCCAAAGGUCGCAGUCUAAUGGUUAGUGCAAUGGAAAAAGCGAAGCUUGUCUAUGUCCUAAACCGCGACGCCGCUGCCAAUUUGACCAUCUCCUCUCCACUUGAAGCACACAAAUCCUCUGCGAUCAUUCAUCAUAUUGUAGGGGUUGACGUUGGAUUCGAGAACCCUUUAUAUGCUGCGCUUGAAGUGGACUAUUCAGAGGCAGACAAUGACCCUACAGGAGAAGCAUAUACGAAUACUGAAAAACUCGAUUUGGGCUUGAACCAUGUUGUAAGGAGAUGGAGUGAGCCUACAGAUCCCAGAGCCAAUCUCUUGGUGCAAGUGCCAGGAGGACAAACAACAUCUGGGGAUCCACCAACCGUCCGUAUAGACGGACCAUCCGGAGUACUUGUAUGUUGUGAAGAUCAUGUCAUUUAUAGACAUAUGGAUCAACCUCAACUUCGCGUUCCGAUACCUCGACGAGAGCACCCAUUAGAAGACCAAUCCCGGGGACUCUUGAUCAUUUCUGCUGUAAUGCAUCGCAUGAAAGGAGCCUUCUUCUUCUUGCUACAAUCUGAACUGGGCGAUUUGUACAAAGUCACUCUGGAACAUCAGGAUGAAGACGUCGUGGCGCUUAAAAUCAAGUACUUUGACACUGUCUCAGCAGCUGUCAACCUAUGCAUUCUAAAAUCGGGUCAUCUAUUC